AUGAACCGGGAACAGCUGGACACCGCGCCAAUGGAGGCGCUACAGAAGGAGGCCAUAGCCGCAGGCAUCCCCUUCACGCCGGACCGAGCGGCGUUGAUCGAGACAAUACUCUCCCACAGGGAGAGACACGGCUCCACCGCUAACGGAGGAGCGACGAGCCACGGAACAGAAGUCGAGGAAGAUGGUGCAAUAACGGAGCAGCUGCGCCAAUCGGUCGAGCUGCUGGCCGAGACAAUGAAACAGCAGCACCGCGACAUGCUGCUCCAGCAGCAGCAAUUCAUGGCGCUCGUCCUGGAGCGCCUGAGCCCAGCAGAAGGGCCAGUGCAGAACACUGGCAACGUGGUCCAGUGCCUGGCGACGCAAAUACCGGAGUUUGCCGGCUCCAGGGAAGAAAACGUCGCCACCUGUAUCAGACGCGUGGAUCACGUCGGGCGGAUCCACGGGGCCACGGACGGGGUCCUGCUGUUAGCAGCCUCCAGCCGGUUUAGAAGCGGAGUCAAGAAUUGGUACGACUCCGUGGAAGGAGAAGCGCUGGAGUCGUGGCACGCUCUGAAAAAUGAGCUGUCGCUCAUGUUUGAGAGUAACGAAUUUGCCUACAAGCAACUCCAAACAGCCCAAGGAAAGAAGUGGCAACACGCGAAAGAAUUAUUUCACGACUACGGCAUAGCCAAACUGGCCCUGAUGAACCGCCUCGACUUAUCCACCAAAGAGAAGAUUCACCUCCUCAUCGGGGGAAUCGGCAUCGGCUCAGUGAAGUCGGCAGCAUUGACCCUGCCUGACGACUCGGUGAGUCGAUUCUUAGUCAAGAUGCGCUGCCUGGCGGAGGGCGCGGUGGAAAUAGACAAGAAACCGAGCGCACCCGCCAGCGCUCAGAUCUCGAAAGAAAGACAUUGUCGGAAUUGUGGCAAGAAGGGCCACAGCCAUAAAGACUGCAGAGCCGAGCCCAGCUGCUUUUACUGCAAGGAGCGGGGGCAUCGGCAGUUCGACUGCCCAGUGCUGAAAAAGAAGACAUCGUCCAACCCGGCGCAGCCGAAGCACCGGGCACUCACAGCGGCAGCGGUCGAGGAGGAGACGGAGGAAGACGACGUGGUCGCCACCAUUAACGUGACGAGCGGCAAGCGGUUGGAGCUGAACGGGCCCUGCGCGACGGUCACGUCCGUCAACCAGCUAAGUUGCGAUCUACCGGCCCUGAUCGACACGGGUAGCCCGGUGUCGAUCAUGAGAUUCCAAAUUUACAAAGAAUUUUUGUUACCGGGAAAUGUGAAGCUUUUGCCCACCGGGAAACGGUUGCGUGGUAUUACCAAUGACCGCCUCACGGUCCUUGGGAAAACAAGCGCGCCGAUCACGCUAGAAACACUUGGGGACAAGAGCUUCACCGUGGAUUUCUUUGUCGUCGACGAUAGCGCGUGUUUGCCUAGCAUGCUUCUCGGUCGUGACUUCGUCGCCGGAGAAAGCUUAUCAUUGAAAUACCGAACGGCGAAAACAGAUUCAGCAAACAUUAUAGCCGAACUUUGUCAAAUAGAGCCCGAGGUCACAACAGAGACGGCAGAGUCGAUCAUUCGCGAAACAAAUAUUGAUUACGGAGAGAAUGCGAAACGCGAACUAAUAAACACGAUCACGCGCGUGCAAAACGAAGAGGUCGAACCGGUGGAAGAUGACUACGCGGUGCGCGUCCCGAUCAAGGAUGACACGGUUUACGCGUACGCGCCGCGGCGUUUUGCCUACGCGGAACGCAUAGAGUUGCGAAAAAUUGUAGAGGACUUGCUCCAAAGGGGCAUUAUCCAGCCCAGUCGAUCGUCAUACUGCGCGCGAGUGAUUCCGAUCCGAAAGAAAAACGGUCUGCUCAGGCUAUGCGUAGACCUGAGGCCGUUGAAUAGCCGCAUUAGUAAGCAAAAAUAUCCGUUUCUGGUCAUUGAAGAUUGCUUGGCGCGACUAUUCGGGAAAACAGUUUUUACCUUGUUAGAUUUGAAAGACGGUUUCCACCAAAUUAGAGUCUGCGACGAGCACACGCAUUACUUUGCUUUCGCCACGCCGGAUGGCCAGUAUGAAUAUCGCUUUCUGCCGUUCGGAUAUUCCGAAGCGCCUGCGGAAUUCCAGAAGCGAAUUCUACAAAUCCUGGAACCGUUCAUAAAAAGGGAUCAGAUACUUGUUUAUAUUGAUGACAUAUUAAUAGCCUUACAUGUCUGUCCGGUGUCUGUAGUCAUCCUGAACCCCCUUAAAAUCUUUACAAAAUCAGAAGUAGGAUCGAGGUCAAAGAGGCAAGAUCGAGGAGAGAAAAGUCUAAGGAUAAGCCUGAGGACGACGGAGAAGCGGAAGAAAUUCGUGACGGUGCGCUGCGUGAGGUACUCGCGAAGUGUGCGUAACGUGCUAGCGAAUGAGCAAGGCGAAGAAAUUCGCGAACCCUUGUGGUUUGAGCAGUGA